AUGAGAUCUUCCCUUCUCGUAUGGAGCACCUUCAUGCUCGGCUGGGGUCUCGCUGCUCCAUCCAAUAAUAUCGGAAAAAGAGAUCUGCAGACUAUUCAAGGCGCCUUCGUUUCUAUCUCGGUAGCAGCAUCUAACUUGGACACUGCAGUGAGAAGUGUGACUGGUGACCCAGCCAGCGCCCAGGCUCUAACGCCGGCAACACAGGGAGUUGAGAACGCUCUGGCACAAGCUCGCGUCGAUAUUUCCCAAAGCCAGCCGAUCUCUAUUUCCGAUGGUCUCGCCCUUCAGUCAACUGCUGAUACGCUGGCCAAGAGCGUAAAGAUCAUGGUCAUGUCGACAAUGCUCCAACGAACGAUGCUUGACCAGCUUGGAAUGACCUCGAUGGUACUUCAAUCUUUCCAAAACCAGGCCAUGCUUUCGGGAGCUCUCGGCCAAGUUGUUCUCGCCAAGUUGCCCGCAGAGGGCCUGUCAGGAGCCAUGAUGGCAUUCGGCGGAGCUGCAGGGUCUAUCGGCAUGGGUAUUGUGUCACUAAGCAACCCGCCUUUGCAGAUGCCCUCGCUACCCGGAGCACCACCAGGAGCAUCGCCAGGAGCAUCGCCAGGAGCAUCGCCAGGAGCACCGCAGCCAGCAUCAAUGCCUCAGAGUCAGAACACCCCGCAGGGAGCACGCGCGCCACCUUCACAGGCAGCACCAGCUCCUCAAAGCAACGUGACCGUGGCAACGGUACUGGAUGGAAAGCUCAACAGAGGAGCUUAA